AUGGAUCCUUAUCACAUUCUUUGUUCUCUGUGGCUUCCAGAGAAAAACUAACAGGCAACUCCCUUCAAGAUGGAGAUUUGCUACUGAAUACCUGAAUCACAUGAUCUAAAGCAAAACACUACGGGAGAGCUAGCUGAGAACAUCAACUGUUAAUCAUCAACCUGUUAGAGCUUCAGUGGAAUUUUCCAGUUUCCCUUUAGCAAUACACAUACAGGCAUUCAGUUCGCAAUGAAACAAUUGUACUUAACACUCCCUCUCUGGCACCCCCUUUUCUCCCUCCCUCCAUGCCACAGGAAGAGCGGGCCGUCAUUGCCAGAAGUCUGAACUGACCACGUGCAGAACGGCUGAAGGCCAUGUGCGCUCGUGGGGGCCCCGGGUUGCGCAGACCCCUAGCUGCAUUGGAGGACAUACACAUUUCCUAGGUGGAUUGAGGUAGGUGGCUGAGGUCAUGAGGUCACAAAGACCUCUGGGCAAAUGUCCUGGGAAGGCUUUACUCAUCAGGCAGCCCUGGUGCUCUGGAGGAAGACCAUCCACCUGUGCUUCAACACCAAGAGCUUGGCCUGUUCCACUUGCCUGGCCGCGGUUUCAUGGAUGAUCCAGUAGGAACUACCACAUUGAUGCUCCCACUGUCCAGAAAAGACCUUUAGACAGACCCACCUAUGAUCUAUGCAAGAAUGCACCUAAUAUCUCUUUCACCUCCUUUUCAUCUGGUCGCAGGGAUCUCUGUCCUGCUCCUCUGCAUCCCUUCCAAUGAUGCCUUAAUCCGCGCAGUGUACAACCACAAUGGCAUCAGCCAAGAUUUUGAUGCCCUGCCUUCCCAUUUUGGACCUUCUCUCCACCGCGAAGGUCUUCUGGGUCACCUUGUGGAAGCCAAGCCAGCCAACGCCUGCCAACCCAUCGACACCCCACCGCCGGCCAACAGCUCCUCCACUGCCUUCAUCGCUCUCAUCCAGAGGUACGACUGCCCCUUCACCACUAAGGUCCUUCACGCCCAGCGAGCCGGGUACCAUGCCGCCAUCGUGCACAACGUUGACUCGCAGGCUCUGGUGACCAUGUUGGGUGAGAACGAGGCCGUGAAGGAGUCGGUCAGCAUCCCUUCCUUGUUCAUCAGCGAGUCGGCUUCCACCCAGCUCAGAAGGAUCUUCCAUUAUGACCAAACCGCUUACAUCAUCCUCGUCCCUGAAUGCCAUUGGCUGUCCUGCUGGGAUGCUGAGCCCAACUGCCAAUCACAUCCUCAAAGGUCUAGGCAAGGCCUCCUGAAGCAGACAUUCCCUUGCCUGCCGACGCGCUGCCACUUGUUCAACGGUCUCCAUUACCUCCUGUUUGGCCUCACCCUGGUCAUCUGGGUGGUGGCCUUGUAUGUCCUCUGCUGCUUUUAAUGACUUUGGGGUUCGGAAGCCAGCAUGCAGCUAGACAGAUGUUCCUCAAGGCACUUUAUUCGGCAAACUUGCAAAAUUAAUACAUUGUCCACAAAUGAGAUCUUCUGUGGCUUCUUCUCCUUCACUUCUCCCCAUUCUCUGAAUGGCUCUUUGUCAACCUGGUGUCCUCCAGAUCACCUCCCACUAGCCUCACAAAACAUAGUCAUUUUGGACCACAUCUCUCAUCAGUCCCACAAAACAUAGUCAUUUUGGAAAUCUCCCAUCAGCCUCCCGCAAACUGUUCCAUCAUCCUA